AUUUCUGUAAAACUUUCAAAUACCUACCGUUAACCGUAGGUACUAGGUAAUUAAAGUAACAAAAGUUAUUAAAUAAUAUUAAAUUGUGUUAUUAGUGAAAUUCUUAUGAAUUUUUAAAAUUAAAUUCUAAGCAAAAUGAAUGCUCUUGUAUUUGCGGGGACUAUUUUAAGGAGACAAUCAUUGUGUAGUUUUAUAAACACUAAAAGGUGUUUUACUGCUAACACUGCUAUCAAAUUUAAUUCAGUGGCUACAAAAACAGUUCACGAUGUAAAUACGAACGUCGCCAAAGAUGUGAUAUUAUUUAAAUAUGAGAAUCCAAAGUUUUACAAGUAUAUGAAUAUUUUUGCUGUAAUACAGUAUGUAUUUUGGACUUACCUAGGAUUCUUUGCAUUUAAAAGCUUGAAAGAUGCUCCUGUAGAUAGAUCAGCUAUUGACGAAAAUACUCCUUGGUUCAAGAAAAUAAAUCUCGGCGAAAAUAAAUAUAAGAACACUUUGAGUACAAUUGCUAUAGUAAUUGGAACGGGAUCACUAGCUAUGAUCUGGAUGUACACACUUAAAUCUGUGAGGUACCUUAUCCUCAACAAAGGCGGCCGUCAUGUCACAUUUGUUACAUAUUCCCCAUUCGGCCAAAACAGAAUUAUGAAGGUGCCAGUAGAAAAUAUAUGUUGCAAAGAACAUAGAAGAACAGCGAGAGUGCAGCUGCCAUUGAAAGUGAAGAAUACUUUCAUGCAUUACAUGCUUGACAUGAGAGGAGAGUUCAAGAAUGUAUUGCUCUUUGACAGCACAGCAGGGCUGAAAAGGGUAUGGUAAAACCUGAAAACAAUUAUCAGGAUUAACCAAUGAUCAUGUCACAUGAUGUGUGAUAAUGAUUCAUAUUGUGUCUUGCUCCUUGACAACCUUACAGAGCUUCACAAAGUAUUGUGUUACC